AUGAUGAGUCUAAGAUUUAUUCAAAUUAUUUUUCUCGUUUGUUUGUUGCGAAGUCAUUUGGUUUUAAUCAACGAAGAACUGAAAGAUAUACAGAGACAAUUGAAUCGUCGUAGCGUACGAGUUGAAUUAAUUUCAAAUGAUCCGAGUCGUCUUGUUGAGGCGAAUCUUCAUAGAAUCCCAAUUGAUAAGGAAAACCAAGCUCAAAACGAUUUGAUUCGUGAAUUCGCUCUGCAUGUGCACCAUGAACCAUUCAUCGUUUCAGCAAAAGGAUAUUUUGAUAUUAACUUCGAUCUGAUGGAUUCAAUGUUUGCGGCUUCGACAACGUUCCUCAUAAUUUUGAUUCAAUUCGAGCAGAGUCGCAAAAGCGUGCAAAGUAUGCUAAACAAUGGUACAAUUGAAUCGUCAUCAAAAAGUUGUAUAUCGCUAACGUUGUAA